AUGCUUCUACGGGUGUCGAUAUUCCUACUGACGACGAUAUUUUUCCUUCACGAAGCCGCCAUCAUCGGAAGGGAUUCGAGGAAUGAGGAUUUUCGGGAAAUCAACGAAGAUGGCGAGGUUUCCCCGCCAAUUGUCCCCCGAAUGAACUCCGAUCAGAAAUGGGAUUUGAUCAGAAAGAGUGGACAGAAUCCCGAAGAGAGGCGACGACCACCGGGGAAAAGGGGAUUUUUGAAAAAGGUGGCUCGCCGUGAUCUAUUGUUGACACCAUGGCGAAUCACUCACGUGCUGCCAAAGAAGACGAGUGUUCCACGCCCAAUGGACCCACCGGUGGCGGUGAGCAUCGACACUUGCCCCAAACAAUUCGAUGCUAUUACUAAAGCCUACAAUCAACGAACGUACGCCUUUGCCGGCUCGAAAGUCUACCAAGUUUGGUAUGAGAACAAUUUGCCGCAAAAGGCGUCAUUCGAAUUGCAAGAGCUAUUCCCGGGCGGUCCUCGUCAAGUCACGGCCGUUCUCACAAAUUCUCGAUCCGGUGUCACCACGUUAUUCGAUAAAAGGAAAGCCUAUCGAUUCCGAUGGAACAAGAAAGCAAAGAGAUUCCAUAUGACGAAAAACCGUUCUCCGCAGGAUUUCUCAUAUAAUAUCACAAUCACACCCGAUUUGGCUUUCGAGUGGUUUGAUGGGAAUCAGGUGAUUGUCCAAGAUCGUCAAUUCGCCAUAUAUGAUGCCUAUUGGAAUUUGGCCACUUUUACUGGAGAUGUCAAGAGAUAUUUCCCGAAUCUUCCCCGUGAUCUCAUCGGAAUCAUCUAUUCUGGUGGAGAUAUCGCCCUGUUGUACACGAGGGGCAAUAAAGUCAAGGUCUACGAAACGAAGAAAUACCGUGUCGUGCAGGAGUAUCCCGUGAAAAUCGGGGAAUUCGUCGGCUGUUUG